AUGGGUUCUUUAAUCUGUUUUUCUUUGCGGGUUUUGUUUGAUUACAGGAAAGGCAUAUCCAAGUUUUAUAGUGGCAAAUCAAAGUCCUUUACAAGUUUAGCCGACGCAUCUGCUGUUUCCUCUGUUAAAGAUUUUGCAAAGCCUGAAGAUCCCUACAUUAGGAAACACAAGAACUUACUAGCUCGCAGUUCUUCAUUGGACAAGAAACCCAAUAAUCCUUUGGGAAACAUUGGAACUAAAAUAUCAAUGGCAUCAUCGCCGUCUAACUGCCUUCCACCCCUGCAUCCACAAUGUAAAAAAUCAACUACCAUCAUCAAACCAUCAUCAUCAUUAUUAACUGCUCGACCAAACCUUCCUUGCCGGUCUUAUUCCUUGUCUGGUCUACAGUUUGUUGCUACUACAACUCCUAACAUGGCCGGUUUGGCUGUUCACAGUGGUAAUGAAGGCAACAAACUUCGUUGAAAUUAAGCACAGUUUCGCUUUUAGAAUUACAGAACUGGCCAAAAGGCUUGUAGUUUUAGUCAU